AUGAAUCACAACGAUGCAAACGGCUUUGAUUUCGGUUCGAGUAACACCGACAUUGACCCAGCUGUAUUGAGGGGGGGAUGCAAAGUCACAUCCAUUGAGACCCAUGGGGUAAGCUUCUGGGCGAAGACGGGUCGAAUCGAUGUUUUGCUCGAAGAUGGUACGCCUCAGUCCUUUUUCAUAAAGGUCCUUUCGAAAGAAAUAGGCAUGAACAUGACAAGGGGGGAGUUCCAUUCGAUGAGCGCGAUAUAUGAAGUUAUACCAGAAUUUGUCCCAAAACCCAUCGCUUGCGGCACCUAUGAGACCAUACCAGAUACACACUUCUUCCUCUGCGAGUUUCGAGAAAUGACGGAGGAUAUGCCCGAUCCUGACGAGUUUGCCUCUCGUUUAUCAACAAUGCACCAGAAAAGCGUAUCGCCUACUGGAAAGUUCGGCUUCCACAUCACAACUUACGCAGGAAACCUACCCCAGUAUGUGGCAUGGGAAGAUAGCUGGGAGACAUUCUUCGCCAAGUCAAUGAGACAGGCUCUGGACCUGGAGAUCGCGGUGAAAGGAACUAGCGACGAGCUUGAGGUUCUUUCACAAGGGCUUUUCGAAAGGGUCAUCCCGAGGCUCCUAAGGCCUCUCGAGAGUGACGGCCGGACAGUGGAACCUUCGUUGGUUCAUGGUGACCUUUGGUAUGCAAAUGCAGGGAUUGAUGUCGAGAAUGACCAACCUCUCGUUUUCGAUGCAUGCUGCUUCUUUGCGCAUAACGAAUAUGAGUUUGGCCAAUGGCGACCAGCUUGUAAUAGGUUUGGAGACGAGUACGUAGCUGCCUACAACACAUUUGCCCAGAUCUCAGCACCUGAAGAGGAUUUUGAAGGUCGGCUAGAUCUCUAUAGACUGGUCCUUGAUGUUAUGAGAGAUUUGGUUCAGAAAUACGGUUAA